AUGCUUCUGAUUCUAAUCCUAUUUUUUCCACAGUUAUGUCUUGCUACAUGUCCUGAUGUUGCUGCAUGUAUUGCACGGGUGAGAAAAAUUGUCGCGGAGCCACGUCACUACUGGUUCGGUGAGCAGUGGCGUGAAACGUGUAUUGGACGUCACGUUGAUCCAAUCCAGUGUUACAAUCCCAAAUCGCUUCAAACAUUCCAUAGCCUCGGGAGUCGUUUAUUUCGUGUGCAAACCUAUCAAAAUGAUUAUCUCCGAAAUUUGCGGAUUUUUCCGACCAUCUCCUACAGAUCAGAAAAAGACGGCAUCCAGACAUAUCGUGCCUGUGAUCAUGAUUUUACUGUAAAGAGUAACGGCGGUGUUGAAAUGACUGAAAUACAUCCUGAUAUGGAAGCUGUGAAACCGUUUGAUGUCCGGUAUGCCCCGGAUGUACAAUGGACUGGGAUUUACAAUCAUAGCUAUUUGAUUCUAGCCAUCGACGUGGGCUUCGGGACGCUUAAUUACCUCGCUUUACGAUCUCCGUCCGGUGAUAAGGUAAGAACUUUUAUUGCAAAACGAGUUUGCUUUCUACUUCUACGAGGUUAA